AUGAGUAAAAAUCACGAGUUAGAGAGCUUCGUGCCUCCUCCAGACUAUGAAUAUUCCACGGUACCCUUACAGUUGGAACAGGUGGAAGGCCCUUCUCAGAAGCAGAAGGUUUUAGUGAAGUAUUUGGUUACAACGAAGAAUAGGGUCAAAGAAUUCGAGAGUGAGUUCUGGAUGGAUCCAUCUACCACUCUUGAAGCAGCAUGUGCCAUCGCCAACAAGAAUUUUGUACGCGAUUUGAAUUUGUCGGAUAAGAACUCGGCUCGCAGGCUUGUUCGUAGUUUAGGAAAGUGGUUGGAUCUUGAAUCCACUCAAGGCGCAUGUGGCGUUGUGUUUAUAAAGCCUCUGAUAUUGGCUGGUGACCUUCAGCAGACCAUUGGAAGCACUAUUCAAGACGAUAACUAUUUGUAUUUGUCGAAUUCUGUUGACUGUUUCCACGUGAAAGAGAGAUAUGAAGCUAUCGGGGUUGUUCUAGGUGUGAUUAGUGUUGCCAUUUUCAUUCUCAUCUUUCUUGCCAUACUUUAUCAUUAG